GCCGUUGGCGGCAAAAGCUGUAAUCGUCUAUGCACUCUACGCAAUUGUCAUUUGUUUAAAAUAUGUAAUGUAUAAUGUGAAAUUUGUGUUACAUUUGAUGUUAAUGUUACUUGUUCAUUUAAGUGUUAUUAAUAUAAAGUGUCCUUAAUUAUGGAAAGUUUGUUCGUACAUUGUUUGUGUAAUUAUUUUGGAAUCAAGAGAAUUGGUGAAGAUUGCGUCGAGAAAAAUCUUCGUACCGGUGCCAAUUGAGCAUUAAUUAAUUUUAAUUGAACAAGAAUUUUUGAUAAUAUUGAUAAUAAAAUGGAUCUCGCGGCCACGCAAGUUUAUGAGGAUGACGAUUUUCUAUUUACUCAGAAAAUUUCACAUGCACUAGAGGAAGAAGAGUCAGUACAGGUUGGAACAUUAAGCAUUAAUUCUACUGACUAUCCAAUUAAAAAAGGGAUCACAAAAAUUGGUAGACUUGGUAGCUGCGACAUUGUUAUUAAUGACGUGACAGUGUCAAAGCUACAUGCAGAAAUUGAGGCUAGCGGAGGUCAAGGAUCAACCUGGUUGAGUGAUCUGAAUUCUUCCAACAAAACAAAGCUUAAUAACUUAACACUGCAAGUCGCUCGUUCGUAUGAACUUAAAGAUGGAAGUGUUAUUGAAUUUGGCAGAGUGCGUGCGACUUAUCGUACAUAUUGUCCGACUGAUGACUCAAUGAUACCAGAAACGCCUGCACCUUCGCGACAGAAAACUGCAAAUAUUAUAAUUCCGAAUACACCAGAUUCAUCUCUUAAUAAUUCAUCUAGUGUGGAUGGUGAUGGAUCCAUCAUUUUUGGAACUCAAAAAGAUGACGAGAAUAGUGUCUUCCGACGACCGCAAAUUCCGCAACAAUGUCAGCCAUCAACAAGCGUCGGUAAAAAGAAAAUCUCCAUGAAUGAAAGUAAUGACUCGCGAAUCACUACAUUGCGCACAUCUGAUACUAACGUUAGCGAGAGUCGAACCAGUAUAUAUGAUCUGGAAACGCAGACGUUUGAGGAGGGAUGCAAAACGACAUCAAAUUCUAUUUAUGACAUGGAGACGCAAGUAGGCCCCAUUGACAUAUCCGAGCGUGUUGUAGACGCGAAUGCUACCAAGCAAAUGUCAAAACUAAAUGUUAGCGAUAAAACAGCUGGCAGAUCUGUAACGGAUAUUCACGAUGUAGAAACGCAGAACUACAUAGACGAUAUUAACGAAAUGGAAACUCAAAAGAGCAAUCUUAAUAUUCGAAAUGUAACAGAGAAGAAGAUAGAUAUUCAUGUUACGGAAACGCAAUCUUACGUUGACGAUACUGUCAAAGAUGACAGCAAUGUUCAGAAAUCUGAAAUCGAUAAAAAUAAUAGUCGACAGAAAAGUUCAGCUGAUAUCGAGCGCAUUCACGAUUUAGAGACGCAAAAGUAUAUUGCGGAAGAUAUAUCUGAUUUAGAAACUCAAGUAGAAUUAAAUAGCAUUGCAACAAGCGAGCAAAACAGAGACAUAUCCGACAUGGAAACUCAACUUGAGGCGAAUGUUAUGGUAGAUAAAACUAGUAAUAAUCAGGUAAACAAGGAUAAAAAUAAAAACGGUGCAGAAAGCACUAGUAAUUGUGAGGACGGAAUAAAUCGUGAAGACAUCACCAAGUCACCGAGAUCCAGAUCCGAUAGUCCUGCAUCUUUGAAUUUAUCUUCACCAGGAGUUGAAGGUGAUCCUUCGUCGCCAUUAAACCAAAGUGGUCAUCUACUUGAGUCGUCGGAUUUAUUAGAGUUCUUUAGCGAGGGCAUUGAAAAGCAAGGAGAAGCGCAAGCCCCAAAUGCAUCCACGCCAAAACCAUCUACGAAGAUAUCGGAAAGGGAUAGUAAUGUUGAAAAAGAAAGAAACGUGGUGAAUGACGAAGAGAAUAACGACGACGACGACGACAUUUUUGAAGCUCCUACUCAACGCAACUUCGAAGCUUUAAUGUCGGAUUCCGAGACCGAUGAGAAAGAUGUGCCAGUAAUGCGCAAAGUUUCCAAGAAGAAGCAUGGAAAGCCUCAAUCGGAAAAAACCAACGAUGAUUCGGAAACGGACGCGGAGGAAUACGUUGCAGAACUGGCUAAGAAGCCGUGUACAUCUCCGAAAACUUUAAAUAAGCCAUCUACUGAAGAUGUAAGUAAUAAAAAUGACCCUGGCACGAGUAUCGAAUCCGAAGAUAUGUUUGAUGCACCAACGCAACGAUUAGACGAUUGUCGUACGAUUAAGGCUUCAACGAAUUCUUCAACCAAUCAAGCAGAAAACGCUAAUGAAAUUAAUGACGCCGAGAUUGAUCAUAUGGCGCCGACGCAAAUUAUACGCGAUGUUGAUCAGGGCGAUCAAACAUGUACGUCGAAAAAGAAUCAAAAUGUGGAUGAUGUGGCAAAUACGCAGAUUAUUAACACAAAAUCGAUCGAUUGCACAACAGAAAAUCUUGAUUGCGAAGACAUAGAUUAUGAGCUUGCGCCUACACAAGUAAUCAGUGAAAUUAAAAAUAAAGAAAAAAAUUCCAUUUCGAAAACAGGCUCUACUCGGGUAAAUUUAAAUGACACUGUUGAACGAGAACUUAAUGAAAUGUUUGAUGAUGUAAACGAUAUCAAUAACUCUCACGAGUCGCCGCUUAUGUCGACGCAAUGUUUGGAAAGUCUUCUGGAAUCUUCUCAAUGUGAUGACUCUGCUAAUAAAACCAUCGCUGGCGUUAGAGAUACAGGUAGCGUGCUACAAAAGCAGAUACAAAAGAAAAAUCGUGCAUCUUUUAAUCAACAUUCGCAUAAUUUACCGAGUACCGAAGUAAAUGCGAAUGCGACAAAUAAGGCAGAGACUGAUUCGCAAGAUGUUUAUUUUUCCACUAUUACUACAAGACGAAAGAGAAAUAUUAUAAGAGAUACACAAGAAUUCGCAGAUUCCGUGGAGAAUACAACUCCUCAUCAAGAUGUUAAUUCUUCGCAGGCGUCUAAAGCAAACAAUAAAAAAGCCAUGGAUGAUAAUGUAGCUGUGGAAUCUGACAAGAGAAGAAAAAGAAUACCAAAGAACAAAUCCGAUGCAAUAACGGAAACAUUAAAUGACAAUAGCAGGAAUGAAAUCAUCUCGAGUGAAAAUAACGGAAGAAGUCUUCGAAGUUCGAAACGAAAAGAUGAAGCUCCGUCGGAAACGAGCAAACAGAUUUUGGGGAGUAAUCAAGCUAAAAUCGGCGUCGAUGAUGCCGAAGAGAACACACCGAUUUGUACACCUUGCCCAUUGGAAAAUGGACAACGUCUGCAAACAUUGUAUGAGAAUGACGAUGACAUUCUAAUGCGUUUACCAGCUGUUAGAAUAUCGGGAACACUCUCAAAUCCUGCGAGUCCUUCUGCGUCAUCGACGUCGACUGUACGUAGUACAAGCUCUAAACGAAACGCUGCAAGGAGUAAAGCGAAAAAAAAUACAGCCUCGAGAGGAAAAUCACUACGAAAACGUGAUACUGAAAAUUCUGAGAAAAAUGGGCCAUCCGGUAGUCAUUCAAAUUUUGUUCUUGGCACUCUAAUGACUGACAAAAUGCCAACUCUUGUGGACACGUCCGGCGAUUCCGACAGUGAAACCGAACGUAAACGAUUCCAUCAAAUGGCAGGCAGAAUGUUCAACAACAAGCUCAGUUGUCCGAAGCAACAGGAUGAGGAGAACGAGGAAAGUGCACGCAUCUCACCAAAUUUAUCAAAACAUUCAAAGCAGAAUAUGGAUGUUGAAUCGAAAAAUUCUGUGCGGACCAGUUCGAGGAUAAAACGACAUCCCAGUAAACAAAACGACGAGAGUUUGCGUGAUUUUCAAAAAGAGACUUGCAUAAAAAAUACAGCCUCUGGAGCAACCAGAUCUACAAAAUUAGAAACAAAAUCUGCCAUCGCUAAAAGAAAGGUAUCUCAGAACGUGACAGAAAAAAGCGAGCAAGUUAUUUCGAAGAAACGUAAAACAGCUCAAGUCACUGAGGAAUGUCCAGUUUCUACACGCGAUCGAGGAAAUACGAUGAAAACCGCGACCGAUAGACAGUCACCGAAUAUCCUUCAGUUUACUAAAAUGAAUUCAUGUGAAAAUUCUUCUACAAAUAUGAAAUUUCUUGAAGAUAAUAAAGCAGCAUCUAAAACUACAUUGCAAGAAACUCACGAGAUCUCUUUAAAUACGGGAACAGAUGGAAACGUCGGUCCUGGAAGAGCGAACGUUAAACGAACCAGGCGUAUAAUUUAUGACAAUCAAGUUACGACACAUGUCAAUGAUGAAAAGAAAAACGAAUUAGCUGAAAUAAAAAGAACAGAAACGCAAGGCAAGGUUCUGAGAGUUCUGCUUAAUCCUAUAAAGAGUCCCGCGGAUGAUGCAUCGCAAGAAGUCGAGAGAAUUAUGGCAAGAGGUCCGAGCAAUGCGCAGGAUAAGAAUUUAUCGAUCAGAGAAAGUAAUAAGGCGAAGAUAUUCCAAAGACAAUUGAGAACCAGAAGCAGGAAACGACCCGAUUCGGAUACUGAUUCUGUUUUAACUGAGAGUAGCGUGUCAUCUGGGAUAGACUCUGAUAACACGCAACUUGACAAUUUUGCGCCGAAAGCUAAACGCGGAAGGUCUGCUAAAAGUUCCGUCUCUUCGCUGCCAGAGGCACAAAUCUCAAAGAAGGAAACAUUCAAGAAGCCUACUCGUAUCAGUCAGAAUUCUACAGGUUCAAUUCUUGAUUCCUCCAUAGGAAGCACGACUGGUGAAAGUAGCCAAAGCAGCACGGGAAGUGACGCUUCAACAAGUUCUAGAUUUUCAAGAUCGAAGGCAGCAAGCAUGAAAAAGAAGCAGAAGAUAGAGUCGAAUCAAAAUAGACUAAUCGAUGAGAGUGCCUCGAAGCUAAAUGCAAGCGUAGAAGUUCCAUCUCCUGUUUCAACACCUUCCAGAACGCGCAGGAGUACGUCUAUCUUAAACACUUCUACGUCAUCCGCAAUGAGACAUAAAGUUUUGUUCACGGGUCUAACGGAAGAUUACAAUAAGCUUAUUAAAACGUUAGGUGGAGUCAAAGUGGAAGAUCCGGCCAAUUGCACCGUUCUAGUUACUGACAAAGUUCGCCGAACGUAUAAAUUUUUAUGCUCUUUGGCGAAGGGUGUACCCAUAGUGGCGAUCGAUUGGUUAAAGGAUAGCGAAACGGCGGAGCGAUUUCUAGAUUGGGAAAAUUAUAUAUUGAAGGAUCCCGCCGCUGAAGCCAAGUUCGGUUUCAGACUAAGGAAGAGUCUUGAUAAAGCUAAGGAGAAAAAAUUAUUGGACGGCUACAUCGUUGUACUGACGCCGAGCGUAGCGCCACCGCCUAUAGAAGAGUUGAAACAUAUAAUAGCGUCUUGCGGAGGAAAAGCUCUAUUACGUCCACCGACUAAAUGGCCUGAAAGAGCGAUAGUUUUGUCACGUGAAGAAGAUUUAUCAAACGCAAGAAAGUUUCUCGCUAAAGCACCGAAUACUGUUACAGUACAAUCUACAGAAUUUAUCUUAACCGGCAUCUUAAGACAGGAAACGGAUUUCGUAAAAUAUAAGUUAACAUGAUAACCAUUAAGGCUGUUAACAUCCAGGUAUUUCGAUUAUUAAUUUAGAGAUUAAUCCUUACUGACAGUGCUAUGUACUGUCACACGCGUUUUCCAGUAAAUGAAAAUCAGGUGCAUUGGUUUUAAAAUCUAAUUUAAUAAUUUACUAAUUGAUAUUAUUUUACAUAAAACACGAAAGUGCUGAGUUUGUUAACUUAAUAUAAUUGUCUUAAUAUUACACUUUUGAAUUCUUCAAUUCUAUAAUAUUUUAGUAAAACUCUAUAGAUGGAUCAAAUACUUAUUCCAUCCAGCACAUA